AUGAUUGAAAACCAAUUAGCUCAACUUGCAAAUACCAUUAGGGAACAUCAUGCGCAUGCUAGUCUCCCACCCCAAAGUCAUCCUCCAAAGCAAUUGAAUGCCAUAGUGACAAGGAAUGGGAGGAUUUUAGAUGAUGUUCCUAGAGAUAAUAAGGUUUCUAAGCCCAAUGAGAAGGAUCAAGAGGGAGUCAUUGAGUCUAGUGACAAUGAUGUGGUAGAAGAGGAGCCUCCCAUCAAUGAUGAAGGUGAAACUCCUAUACUAAAGGAGGCAACUCUCCUACCUCUCCCCACUCCUAAACUUCCCUAUCCCCAAAGAUUCAUAAGGCACAAGUUAGAUGUGCAAUUCUCAAAAUUCCUUGAUGUUCUUCGAAAAUUGCACAUCACUCUCCCCUUUACGGACGCAUUGAAACAAAUGCUUACUUACUCAAGGUUUCUCAAGGAAAUCUUGAGUGGGAAGCGGGAUUGCGACGUAAAGGAGACGGUGAACCUCACCGAAAGUUGUAGUGCUAUCAUUCUUAACCAAAUGCCACCCAAACUCAAAGACCCGGUAGUUUUUCUAUCCCUUGUGCUAUAA